GUCCCAGUUCCUAGUCUGGAGCGAGCCGAGGUGAGUCACUAUCUGCCAGAGACAAGUGGAAAGACGAGCUGACAGGAUGCAGAAGGCAGCGAUUCUGGUUCCUCUGCUGGUUCUGGGAUGGACCUGGACCCUCCAGGGGCUCCCAGUUCUUCCGGAGCCUCUUUACUCCACGCAGGAGAACUUUGACUUGAACCGGUUUAUGGGAACGUGGUAUGAUGUUGCCAAGGCCAGCUCUUGUCCCCACAUGCGCCGGCACUCGGCCAUCGGAAAGAAGGUGCUGCAGAAAGGUCCAGCUGAGGGCAAAAUCCAGAUGAAGAGCACUAUGCUCAGAAAUGGAACAUGUGUGGAGAUCUCUGGAGAGUACGAGCUGACUGACACACCGGGACGCAUCUUUUACCACAAUGCAAGGUGGAAGGCAGAUGUGGAUGCUUACGUGGUUCACACCAACUACAUUGAGUACGCCAUAGUGAUAAUGAAUAAACAGAAGUCAUCAGGCCAAAAGAGCACCUCAUUCGUACUGUACAGUCGGACUAAAUCUGUGAGAGACACUGUGCUGGAUGACUUUAAAACGCUGGCGAAGCAACAGGGAAUGAGUGAUGACUCAAUUGUCAUCAAGCAGGACCAAGGUGACUGUGUUCCCGGUCAGCAGGUGGCACCGCCAGCAGCUCGGCCUCAGCGAAGGAGGAGAGCUCCAGUGCUGCCUUCGUUGGCUGUUGCGGAUGAGGAGGGGUCUGGCGAUGAGCUUGCUUCAUUCAAUGGAUCCGCGGCUUGUUCAGCCGGACCAGAUACUGGACCCUGUUUUGGGUUCCUUCAGCGUUUCUUCUACAACUCAUCAUCAAUGAGCUGCGAGCCCUUCAAGUACGGAGGCUGUUUGGGAAAUCAGAACAACUUCGAAACUGAGAGGGAAUGUCUGCAGAGAUGUCGCACCGAGGCUGUGUGCCGUCUGCCGAUGGCGGUGCAGCCCUGCACAGGGCAGCCGGACAUCUGGGCCUUCGACUCCAGCGUCGGUCUGUGUGUUCCCUACAAAAAAGGGUUCUGCCAGACCAACGGCAACAAGUUCUACACCAAAGCGGAGUGUCAGGAGUACUGCGGCGUGGUGAAGGAGGACGAUCUGCUGGGGGCAAACUGAGUGGAAAAGACAAGCACCACAAGCUAGUAUCUCUUCACCAGACAGACAGCCAGCAGAAGUCUGGAGUUUGAAAGCUGGAUGAGAAAAUACAACAUCUCAGCAAUAAAAUCACAUCAGAUCAUCAAUAAAAGCCAAAACCUGGAUUUCUUGUUGAAGAUGCU